GAUGGGAUGCUGCUGGCGGAAUGCUUAAGGCGGGCUCUGGAGCCACCCAGGUGUUGGGACGUCGUCCACAGACCUCCGUCCUUAUCGCGGCGUUUACAACACAUCAGCGUUUCCAUUCUGGGCGGUCAGGGCGCAGCGCGUCCACGGAAGCUCACGCGGAAGCUGUUGACUGGCGGCUCUUUCUCACAACUCCAGCAUGAAGAAUCUGCUCCUGCUGCUCCUGGCUGCAGCUCUCACCUGCGGGCUCGCGGAGAAGACCGUGGAGGAGCUCAGCGUGGAGACGGUGGAGAGGCCCGAAACUUGCUCCCUACUGUCCAGCAUGGGAGACACCCUGCAGAUCCACUACACGGGGAGACUCAUGGAUGGAAAGGUGAUCGACACGUCGCUGUCGCGGGAUCCUCUUCUUGUCGAACUGGGAAAGAGGACUGUUAUCCCUGGACUGGAACAAAGCCUGGUUGGUGUGUGUGAAGGGCAAAAAAUCAAAGCAACUAUUCCACCUCACCUUGCAUAUGGAAAGAAAGGUUAUCCGCCUACGAUUCCAGGUGAUGCUGCUCUGGAGUUUGAUGUAGAGGUUAUUUCCUUGUCGCAGCAGACGCCGCUGCAGAAGAUGAUCAACGACGUGUUUCCUCUGCUGUGUUUGGCUCUGGUGCCCACUUUGCUCGGUUUGGUGGGACUUUACCUCUACCAAAAAUCCAGCGCGCAGAAGCCGAACAAAAAGAAGCCAAAGGACAAGAAGAGCAAGAAGAAAUGAGGAAACAAGCAAGAGGCUAUUUAAAUAAAGUUUUUUAAAAUGAC